CUCACAAAACAGAGGAGGCCGGAAGCUCUGCAGGCCUCCGGCUCCCGUUCGCUCGUCUCCCGCAGCAGGCUUGAGCUCCGGCCGGUCGCGCGUCGCCUCCCGUCGCUUACGCCAUGGCUCUCAGCGAUGCCGACGUGCAGAAGCAGAUUAAACACAUGAUGGCUUUUAUUGAACAAGAAGCCAAUGAAAAAGCAGAAGAAAUAGAUGCAAAGGCAGAAGAAGAGUUCAACAUUGAGAAAGGUCGUCUUGUGCAAACCCAAAGACUGAAGAUUAUGGAAUACUACGAGAAGAAAGAAAAGCAGAUUGAGCAGCAGAAGAAAAUUCAGAUGUCCAAUUUGAUGAAUCAAGCUAGGCUUAAAGUCCUCAGAGCAAGAGAUGACCUUAUCACAGACCUACUAAAUGAAGCAAAACAGAGACUCAGCAAAGUGGUAAAAGAUACGACCAGGUACCAAGUACUGCUGGAUGGACUGGUCCUCCAGGGUUUGUACCAGUUGUUGGAACCCCGAAUGAUCGUCCGUUGCAGGAAACAGGAUUUCCCUCUGGUGAAGGCUGCAGUGCAAAAAGCAAUCCCCAUGUACAAAAUCGCCACCAGAAAAGAUGCUGAUGUCCAGAUUGAUCAGGAGGCCUACCUGCCUGAGGAAAUAGCCGGCGGGGUUGAGAUCUAUAACGGGGAUCGCAAAAUCAAGGUUUCCAAUACUCUAGAAAGCCGGCUGGACCUCAUAGCCCAGCAGAUGAUGCCCGAAGUGCGCGGAGCCUUGUUUGGUGCAAAUGCCAACAGGAAGUUUUUGGACUAAGCCUGCAGGAGGUGGCGUCCACCUGCUGUGUGAUGUGGACAUUUCUGACAUUUGAAGAAACAAGACGGCCUGUGUCGCUUCCUCUGUGCUGUCCUCCUGUUCUGAAUCUGUCAGUGGAUGCCCUUCUGUAGCUAACGCCCUGGCUGAUGGGUAAUGAUGGGAGAAUCUCACUUAAUAUGAUCAGGAAACUUUCCUCUAGAUUGUCUCAAAGUAACACAACUUCCCACUGUUCUGCAGCAUGAAGGUGAGGGGUCAGGUGGUGGGUGCAUGAGUGUCCCCAAACCUGCUCUCCUAGGGUCCAGCGUCCAGCCUAGAGGGGGCGGGGUGGUGGGCUUUGGGGUCAGGUCUCUGCUCUUUGGGCUUCAAGUGCAUGUGGGGCCUCAUUCCUUCCAGUAGCUUCCCUGUUAACCUCUUGGGCCUAGAAGUGUCUGUAGAUGUGAUUUAAGAUCUAAGUCGUCAAUAUUCUUUAUUUAUUAAAACACAACACAUA